AUGUGGGUGCUGCUGGUGCUGCUGCUGGCGGGCGCGGCGGGCGGGGACUGCCCGCGGCACUGCGAGUGCAAGUGGCGCAGCGGCAAAGAGUCGGCGCUGUGCGCGCGCGCCGGGCUCGCUGCCGUGCCGCCGCGCCUCGACCCCACCACGCAGCUGCUCGACCUCGCCGACAACCGCCUGCCAACCGUCCGCGACGACGCCUUCGCCGCCGCCGGCCUCCUCAACCUGCAACGCCUCUACCUCCCCUCCUGCAACGUCCGCACCAUACGCCCCUACGCCUUCCGCGCCCUCGUCAACCUCGUCGAGCUCGACCUCUCGCGCAACCGCCUCGACAACGUCCCUUCCCACGCCUUCGACUCGAUCCCGGAACUUCGCGAGCUCCGCCUCGCCGGAAACCCUAUCGCAAAAAUUAAAGAUGAAGCUUUUAAGUCGCUCCCGCACCUCGUUCGCCUCUCACUUAGCGCUUGCAAAAUAUCCGAAAUAGAACCCCGCGGCUUCGUGGGCCUGGAAGCCUCCUUAGAAUAUUUGGAGCUUAGUAAAAAUAGACUUCAAGUUUUACACGUAGCCGUUUUGGCACCGCUGAGAUCGUUAAAAGGCUUGGAAUUAGCGAGCAAUCCGUGGGAAUGUUCGUGCGCUUUGAGGCCGUUACGAGACUGGAUGAUAAGAAGAAAUGUUCCCGCAACUGUGGUUCCAGAAUGUGCUCUGCCUCCGAGAUUGAUGUCGCACUCGUGGGAUCGUCUCGAUUUGGAAGAUUUCGCUUGUCUGCCUGAAGUGAGCGCUGCGGCGAGUCAGUAUCAGGGAGUGGAGGGAGAGGAGGUGACCCUGGUGUGCCGCGUGUCGGGGGUGCCGGCGCCGCGCGUGCGCUGGGUGCGCGCCGGCCGGCUGCUCGCUAAUUCAACACCAACUAGCAAUAACAACGUCAAUUCUGGUAGAACUUUUAUGUUACGUAGCGAAGGACUCACUAGUAAUUUAACUAUCAAAUCAGCAGAUCUGCAAGACGCCGGGUCUUAUACAUGUAAUGCUGAGAAUCGUGCCGGAAAAGCGGAAGUGGUUUUAAGUUUGACCAUAGAGAAAAAGCCGCAAAGUAAAGGUUUCGGCGGGCGAGCUCUGAUGGCGGGGAUGGCGGUGUCAGCAGUGGUAGUGUUAAGUUCGUGUUUGAUAGGACUAUGCGCUUACGAGACUCGUAAGAAAAGACAAUUGGACCGGUGGAACGAACAAAUAGUGACCGCGAAUCAUCGCGAUGAUAGUUAUGAAAAAAUCGACUCUAAUUUUCAAAAAACUGUGGAAGUUCCGCGAGUGAUACCUUCGGAUAGUAGUCGGAAGCGAGGUGAUUACAGGAAUGUGCCGUCUCACGACCCGGAGGACGAGUACGAGGGCUAUGUGCGGGGGGAGUUGCGAGAGGAGCGGGAGUCCUCUGUAACGCCGCCCCUGGAGGCCGGCUGGCGCAGGCCCGACCUGGAGGCGCGCAAGCGGACAGCUGCUCCCGAGCGGCAUCGCGACCUACACAUCCCUCGCCUCAACGAUUACAGUAUGCGAUUGGAUGCGAAUUCUGAAUCCAUGCAGAGUUCAAACUCUACGGGGGUGUUGAGCGCUCACGUAGAGAUUUUGACGGAAAAUAACCGGCUUAACAAUAACACGAGCUCGCGCACUUGUCAGCGGCCACAGGCUCGGGACCGGCUCGACAAUGACCUCUCCGGUAGCGACAGCGAAAAAAACUACCCAGACUUAAUAGAAAUGAGUGCGUUAGGCACUUCCUCAUAUUUACGAAGCGAGAUGAAACAUGACCCCUACUAUUUUUACACAAUCCCUCGGAGGAAAGACGGUGACAGCCGCAGUCCGCUCUUAAGUAGUCGAAGAAAUAGUUCUGGUGGUGAUUCUAUUACGCUAUUUGAGAGGCCGUAUGAGAAGAAUCGUAGCAAGAGGUCAUCGGGGCGGCGAUCGAAUAGUUUCCUGGACCUGUCGACCGGCGGGAACCGCACGCGUCGCAACCCGAGCCUACCUGCCUCGCCAACCAGAGAGCAGCCCACUGUGCCCUCGGCCACGCCACUGCUCGACCUCUCUGGCCUCCGCGACUACUCACGCACUGGACAACCCAUAGAGGACUUUGACUUUCGAGCAUCACAAUUGGAAAAGUUCUUAGAAGAGUAUAGGAGCUUAAGAGAGCAGCUCUCGAGAAUGAAGGAGACGAGGGAAAAUUUACAAAGAACGAGAGCUGGAGACAAUGAAGAGCUCAGGUCGAUAUUGAAAGGCAAGCCCAGCGUGGCUGUGACGGAGACGUCCUCCUCGGUGGCGCUGGCGGACGCCGCAUCGCCGCUGGCACUAAGCCCGCCCGAGUAUAAACCCCAACAGUCCACGCCUGAGUGGCUCACCACACUUCUCUAUCGUAAUUAAUACUGUAAAUAUACUUGAACUGAUGUUGGAGAUAAGUAAUAAAUAAUUAUUGUUUGUAAGCGAAGUG